GUUACAACUUUAUAAAACUUUAUACUCGCUCUUACACUGCAGUACUACUGCCAGCACUGCAUCUGCACGCAGUAAAGCAGGGAGUGGUAAGCAUGAUCAGAGAACUGAUGAGUCGGAAGGCAAUUCUCUUCUUUGGUUUCGCGUGCAUUGUGAUCGCCGGCGUUAGCGGCCAAUCUCCGGCUACGCCUCCCAGCUCGACUCCCGCCCCACCGACGCAGACUAGUCCUCCCGCAGUUACUCCACCACCCACCACGACCACCACACCACCUCCGGCUGUCACCACACCUCCGCCGUCAAGUCCACCUCCGGUCAGCACUCCCCCUCCAGCUUCACCUCCCCCGGUAAGCUCUCCUCCUCCGGUGACUCCUCCCCCAGCCAGUCCACCUCCAGCAUCUCCUCCCCCGGCCAGUCCACCUCCAGCAUCUCCCCCUCCGGCAUCUCCUCCACCGGCAACCCCUCCUCCAGCCCCUGCAACUCCUCCACCCCCAGCAACCCCUCCACCAGCUCCAUUCGCAGCUCCCCCUAUGGUUCCCACCACGGCUCCGGCUCCCGCACCGAGCAAGGACAAGGUGAAAGCUCCUGCUCUUUCUCCCUUGGCACCGAGUCUGUCCGUUCCGCCCACGGGAGCUCCAGGGCCCAGCAAGGCAGCUAGCUCUCCCGCACCAGCCCAGGUCAACGGCAGUGGAAUUGAGAAGAUAUCAUCCGUUCAGAAGGUGGUAGGAAGUUUGAUCUUUGGGUGGGUUCUCCUCUGGUCGGUGCUUUAGAUCGAUCCAUCUCUCAGGCUGCUCUGCUUUAUUUCCGCAUUAUCGAUCUCUUUCGCCUCUCUCUCUCUCUCUCUAUAUAUAAAUAUAUAUAUAUAUAUAUAUAUAUUUACCGGCCAUAUAUCAUUGUAGCCUCACCAGAUUAUGGAACUUGGUACUUGUAUUUGGGACUA